AUGAAUGAUGCAUCGGAUUCAAGUUCGAUGGCACCUCCCAAGCGAGCAGGAUUGUCCGUUGCCCAAAGAAAUCCAAAUGUAAUCGCCGCACCCACAGGAAAACUAAGUCGGCAACAUGGCUCGAGUAAUUUGCUGAAAGAGAAUGUGGCUAAAAAAGGUCAUAAAGAGGACAGAAAUAUAAGGACUUGCUUCCCUUUCAACGAUGGCUUUCAGCAAGCCGCCACCACGGCGUCCGGCAUUCCUCAGUCUCGUGCAGUUGUACCACCAGUGAGACCCACAUUUGAAGUCUACUGCGACAACGAUGAUGAGAACAAUGUCAUCCAUCAGCUUGAAAAGCAAUGUCAAGAGGAGAAAAUACCUAAGAAGACAGCGGAGGAACCCAAGGUCACUAAAGUUCGUAAGCCUCUUGCAAGUCUUCCGGUCACGACUUUGGAUUUUAAUUCGGACGACGACGAAGUUUUCUCGACGUUCUCCCAUGUCCCGUCGGGCCCUCCUACCAUUCGAUCCGAAUUUUCAAAUUUUGGUAUGAACGAUGAUGAUGACGCGAAGUCAUCACUGUAUGGGAGUGCCCUCGAUUUUGAACUGGACAGCCGUGAUGAGUAUGUGACUGCAAUUUCUGAGAAAGAACUCCGAGAGGAUAUCAUCUAUGCUAAUCCGGAGUUUUCAGAAGACAUAUACAGGUACAUGAAGCAUAGGGAGAUAAAGGUGCGGCCGAAGGCUAACUACAUGUCGAGGCAAGACGAUAUUAACCCUGAAAUGCGGGCUAUACUUGUUGAUUGGCUGUCGGAUGUUGUUCAGGAGUACAAAAUGCAUCAGGAAACACUGCACCUGGCAGUCUCGCUAGUCGAUCGAACUCUUUCAAAAUUUCGAACAAAUCGUGAUCGUCUCCAACUUAUUGGCACAACGGCUAUGAUGAUUGCAUCGAAAUACGAAGAGAUAUACCCGCCUGAGUUGAAGGAAUUCACUUACAUCACGGAUGACACUUACACUGCUAUCCAGAUUCUGCAAAUGGAGCGGGUUAUUUUGAAUGAACUGCACUUCGAUGUUGGUACUCCUACAUCGCAGUGGUUUGGUGGUAGAUUCGCUCGACAUCAGAGGGCCUCUCGCAAGACCAUAAAUGCAAUGAAUAUGCUGCUUGAUCUUGUUCUCCUCGAUAUAACCUACAUUGCGUAUCGUCCGUCAUACAUUGCUGCGGCUUGCCUAUGCUAUGCCAACGUUUUGACAGGACCGAUUCCGUGGUCUACAGAAAUGGAGCGGUGGUCUGGCAUCUCAAUUGCACAUAUCACCAAUCUUCUACGUGCCAUACACGAGACCUUCCGGUCUUCGCCCUCGUCUAAGUAUCGGUCAAUCCCUCAACGGUACAGUUCUCCAGAUUUUGAUUAUGUAGCUGACCUCCCUCCACCCGCUCAGUUGCCAUUAUGA